GAGCGGUAAGUCACGCCCCGGAAAAGACCCCUUUACAGAAUGUGAUUGGUGUACAUUGGGAGUGACGUCAUAAACCCGCGCUUUGUUUGGAACGUCAGCUAGUUGGCGGGAUCCAGGCAUCGGGAAGAGACAGACCGAACUCAGUUACAGUUAAUUGCAAUGCUGUUUUCAGGCAACAGAAGAAAGAAGGCGAUUGGUGCCUCUCAGAAUGAUCUCUACGAUCACUGUCUUCAGUUUUAUGGACAACCUCCUCUGGAAAACAUCUCUCUUACUGAGUUUGAAACAUUUGCAGUGGAAAGGUUGAAAUUACUCAAGACUGUGGAAAAUCUUGGUGUGAGCUUUGUAAAAAAUACGGACCAGUACAACAAAAAGUUAGAUGCUGAAUUUUCAAGUCUGAACUUCCCAGUCAAAGCAGAACUGGAUGAACGCAAGAUUCAAGGAGGUCCAUCUGAAUAUGAAAAACGAAGAAAAGAUCACAUCUCCCAUUUUAUUCUACGCUUGGCAUAUUGUCAGACUGAGGAUCUCAGGAGAUGGUUUAUCCAACAGGAAAUGGAUCUUUUUCGUUACCGGUUUGGCUUACUGUCUUCAAAAAACAAGACUGACUUCUUGCAUAAAAAUAAUUUGAAGUAUGAGACGGUCAGUGCUGAGGAGAAGAACAUGCUUAAAGACAAGCUCAUCAAUUCCAGUUAUGGUUUAAGUGGAAUCACUGUUGAAGAAUAUGAUUUCUACAAAGUUCCCUUUCAGGAUGCCCUGGAUUUAGUGCGGUCAAGGAAAGUGUACCUGCUGGCUGGCAAUGCCUACAUUCCUCACCAGGAGAUUAUUGCGAUUGUCCUAAAUGACUUCCGCACAAGACUGUCUAAAGCACUUGCAAUGACAGCCCGAUCCCUGCCAGCGGUGCAGUCUGAUGAACGACUCCAGCCUCUCCUGAACCACCUCAGUCAUGCCUAUGUGGGCCAAGACUACAGCAUUCAGAAGAACAUCGGAAAAAUUUCUCUGGAACAGAUUGAUGGGCUCGCAGCCAAGUCUUUUCCUCUGUGCAUGAGGCACCUCCACAAGUCCCUGAGAGAGAACCAUCACCUCCGGCACGGUGGACGCAUGCAGUACGGCCUCUUCCUCAAGGGCAUUGGUCUUACUCUGGAACAGGCCCUACAGUUCUGGAGGUCAGAGUUCAUCAGAGGGAAAGUCGAUGCAGACAAGUUUGACAAAGCAUAUGCCUACAGCAUCCGCCACAUGUUCGGAAAGGAAGGCAAGCGCACUGACUACACCCCCUACAGUUGCAUGAAGGUGAUUUUGUCAAAUCCACCCAGCCAAGGCGACUACCACGGGUGUCCAUUCCGCCACAGCGACCCUGAGCUACUGAAACAGAAGUUACAGUCUUAUAAAGUCCCCCCGAGUGGCGUCAGUCAGAUUCUGGAGCUAGUCAAGGGGAUGCAUUAUCAGCUGGCCUGCCAAAAAUACUUCGAGCUGACACACAGUAUCGAGGAUGCUGGGUUUUCACUUAAUCACCCCAAUCAGUACUUCACCGAGAGUCAGAAGUUUCUCGGUGGAGGACGGGACAUCAAGAAAGAAGUUGAGACGUCUCAACGAGUGCAAGAAAAUGUGUCAAGUAAUGCACCCAACAUUUCCCGUCCGCCUCCAUCAAACUCUAAACAGACCAAUGAGGAGAUGGGGGAUUUGGACUCUUUCUUCCAGGAUGAAUAAAUUUGUACAACCAUAUAGAGGUCUUACUAGCAUUUACUGUUUGAUACAAACUAUAUGUUUGGUAUUGAAAUGUUUGUUGACCUGAUUUUUUGCUUUUCUCUAUUCAGAUUGGCAAUUUUUAUAAAGAAGUGAAUAAAAUAAUUGCUUAUGAAUAA